GGCUUCUUAGCCCGGCCCGGGAGGGAAGUGCGGUCGGGAGGCUCCCGCUGGGCACGCCGGGCCGAGGGCAGCCGAGCGGCCAUGGAGCAGCGCCCGCCGUCGCCGCACCGACUGCAGCUGCUGGCGCUGCUGCUGGCGCUGGCCCCGCGCGUCGCGGCCGGGCCGGAGCCCGCGCUGUGGCCCCUGCCGCUGUCGGUGGAGACGUCCCCGAAGCUGCUGCGCCUCGCCCCCACGGACUUCUCCAUCGGCCACGGCCCCAGCUCCUCGGCCGGCCCCUCCUGCGCCCUGCUGCAGGAAGCGUUUCGGCGAUAUUAUGGCUAUAUUUUUGGUUUCCACAAGGGGCAUCAUGGCCCUGAUCAUUUUCCGGAUGGAACACAGUUACAGCAACUUCAUGUCUCAAUUGUCCUUGAGUCGGAGUGUGAUGCUUUCCCCAUUGUGUCUUCGGAUGAGUCCUACACCUUACUUGUGAAAGGACCAAUAGCUUUCCUCAAGGCCAAUAAAGUUUGGGGAGCAUUACGAGGUUUAGAGACCUUUAGCCAGUUAGUUUAUCAAGAUUCUUAUGGGACUUUCACCAUCAAUGAAUCCAAAAUUGUUGAUUCUCCAAGGUUUCCUCAUAGGGGAAUUUUAAUUGAUACAUCCCGACAUUAUCUGCCAGUUAAAGUUAUUCUUAAGACUCUGGAUGCCAUGGCUUUUAAUAAGUUUAAUGUUCUCCACUGGCACAUAGUUGAUGACGAGUCUUUCCCUUAUCAGAGCACCAGUUUUCCUCAGUUAAGCAAUAAAGGAAGCUAUUCUUUCGUUCAUAUUUAUACUCCAAAUAAUGUCCGUAUGGUGAUUGAAUAUGCCCGAUUACGAGGGAUUCGAGUCUUACCGGAAUUUGAUACCCCUGGACAUACACAGUCCUGGGGAAAAGGUCAGGAAAACCUCCUGACUCCAUGUUACAAUGGACAAAAGCCCUUGAACACUUUUGGACCUAUAAACCCUGUCCUGAACACAACUUACAGCUUCCUUACUACAUUCUUUCAAGAAAUUAGUAAGGUGUUUCCAGAUCAGUUCAUUCAUUUGGGAGGAGAUGAAGUGGAAUUUAAUUGUUGGCAAUCAAAUCCACAGAUCCAAGAUUUCAUGAAGCGACAAGGCUUUGGCAAAGACUUUAAUAAACUAGAAUCUUUCUAUAUUAAAAAGCUUUUGGAUACCAUUGCAACCAUGAACAAGGGAACCAUUGUCUGGCAAGAGGUUUUUGAUAAUAAAGUGAAGCUUCAUCCAAACACUGUAAUUCAAGUGUGGAAGAACAAUGGAUAUCCUGAGGAACUACAUCAAGUCACAGAGUCUGGCUUCCCUACAAUUCUUUCUUCUCCCUGGUACUUAGAUUAUAUUAGUUAUGGACAAGAUUGGAGGAAAUACUAUAAUGUGGAACCUCUUGAUUUUUCUGGUUCUGAGGAACAGAAAAAUCUUGUCAUUGGUGGAGAAGCUUGUCUAUGGGGAGAAUAUGUGGAUGCAACUAACCUCACUCCAAGAUUGUGGCCCCGGGCAAGCGCUGUUGGUGAGAGGCUCUGGAGUCACAAAGAUGUCAGAGAUAUAGAAGAUGCCUAUGACAGACUAACAAAGCACCGCUGCAGAAUGGUCAGACGUGGAAUAGCUGCACAACCUCUUUAUACUGGAUAUUGUAAUCAGAACUAAAUGUAAAAAUGAACUGAAACAGAAAAAUAGGAGGGGAAGAAAGACCACUACAAUCAACUUGAUUCUGAAAUCAUGUAAACUAAGACUUCUUAGACUGUUUUUUGAAUAAAAUACCUUUUUAUUGAUUGAAA